UCGGUCGCGGGUUCCGAAUCAGCGAAACGUGAAUCAGUUGGCGUUGACGGGGCAAGGAAGCGAGAACUGUUUCGACUGGAAGAGGUGUCCGUGAACGAGAAAUUUGUCGGUGCGAGUCGCGCCGGUGAAUGAGGCGGACUAGCUGUUACGUGCGAUGGCCGCGUGCUACAGCGAGCAGGCAUCGUCGAGCUCGGGAAACGUAACGAAGAAGUCACCUGCGGCCGCGGCGAAGCCGAUCUGCUGGCAACACAGACUGUUCGGUAAACAAUUGUCGCGGUGCAGUCAGGUUAAUCAGCAGGACACGAAGCCUUGCGACGCGAGUGGCACGCUCGUCGACGAGGACGGCCGGCCGGUUUGUGAAGUGAUCGGUGUUUACUUUAGUUUCAUUAAUCCCGGUGCUACUUGCGAUGACUUUACGCGUCAGCUGCUCGACUUGUACACCAAUGUCAACUCGUCGUCGUCGGCGCACAUGGAAAACGACCGGGACGCGGAGAAUUCCACCAGGGGCAGAGAAAGGAGGAAAAAGUUCGAGGUCAUGCACGUGGUUCUUUGGAGUAACGUAGCCGACGUCCUCGACUUCGAAGAGAGUUUCCGUGCACAUGUCUCCGAGUUGCCCUGGUUGGCUGUACCGAACCUCGACUACGAGAGGAAGGUCGAUCAAGUGUCUCUUUUACAGACCAGACUGACUCGGAGGUAUCGGAUAAAGGCCGGCGUGCCGACUUUGAUUUUAUUGGACGGCUCGAACGGCUCGGUGAUAACCAGGGGCGGCGUGGAGCGAACUAUCGGCGAUCCCAACGGGGCUGAAUUUCCUUGGAAACCUCCUCAUCCGAAGGCUGCUCUCGAAGAUGGGCCCCUGCUGUCGUGCGGGGCGCGCGAUAGCAACGAGCCCAUGCUACACGAGGAGCUGCGCCACUGCUUCAAGGGUGUUUACUUCAGCGCACACUGGUGUCCACCUUGUAAGGCAUUUACCCCGCAGCUUGUUGACACCUAUCAACGAAUUCGAGAGAGGGGCCACGAUUUCGAGGUGAUUUUUGUGAGUUCGGACAGGAGCGAGGAGUCUUAUAACGUUUACAUUGAAACGAUGCCUUGGUUGAGGAUACCCUUUAGUCAAGAGGAGAGACGACGAAAAUUAGCGAGAGCCCUCGACGUACAAGCAAUACCCACUUUAGUGAUACUUGAUCCCCGAGAUAACAUUAUAACCUUGGAUGGUCGCGCGGAGUUGAUCGAGGAUCCCGAAGGACUGAAUUUCCCGUGGACCAGCCGUUUGGUGAAUAUUUUAACCGAAAAGUACGCUACUUCGUUACACGAUGCGCCGGCAAUUAUUCUUUUUGUCGAAGGUGAAGACUGUGAAAUUCAAUUCGCAGAAAGUGUAUUAUUGCCAGCCGCCCAAGCGUACAGGCAAGACAGACCUGAUUACGAUCCAAAUUAUGACGAUCCAGAUGAUAUUUUGCAGUUUUAUAUAGCGUUAGAUUGUGAAACGUCAGAUAUUCUUCGUGAAUUUGUCGGUUUAGAUGACGCUGUGCCCCUCUUAACAGCGAUUGAUAUACCUCGAGGAGUUUAUGUGGUGAUGGAGGAUGGUGCCGAGAUCACUGUGGAUUCUGUACAACAAUUUAUCGACGGGUUUCGUAAUGACAAACUGCCUAUAAACAAAAUAGCGGCAGUGCAUAAAACCGCUAAAAAUGACUACGUUUCUACUUGAAUUUUUAAAAGAUCAACUGACAAUUUUAUACGGAAUAUUGAAAAGCCACGUGUGAAGGAAGGAGCAGUUAAGUGGUCAUUAUACAACCACGAAAAGCAAAAACAAGAAAGAAAGAAAAAAAAGAAACCCCACCCUCUUUUCUCAAUCCUGUCUCUGUGAUACCAUUGCUCCUUUCGUAGGAAGGAUCUCGCGCGAAACGGCGCUUGUAUUCGCACACCCUUUGUGGAAGUAACCAAAAGACAUGUAUUAUGUAUCAUAGUCAAUAAAAACUGAGCGAAUUGUAUUUUUAAGUGUACACACGCACACGUUAAUAUAUUAUAUAAUGUAUUACUUAAUAAACGCCAAAUGAAUACGUCGAA